UAAGCCAGUGGUGGAAUUCCAUGCUAGUAGCGGUAGCUUUAGUAAUAAAUAAGGUAGUAACGUUAGUUAGAAAGGGCGAACCGUGGCCCAUGGAGUAACCGGAUUGAUGGAUUCCUCUGGUAGGUGCUCUGGCCCUUUAAAAACGCUCGCUACUUUCCGGUUUUGCUCGGCACUGCUCGUCAUCGACCUCUUUCACUGCGGCUCCAUCGCCGAGCGGACUGGCCCGCUUCUCUCAUCCGAGACCUCAGUGCAGAACGACGGAUCUAUUGAAUCACCAACGCCGGCUCCCUGAAAGCCUCCAACCCCUGUAGAAAUGCAGGCUAUCAAGUGUGUGGUGGUGGGCGACGGGGCGGUGGGUAAGACCUGUCUGCUGAUUAGCUACACCACCAAUGCCUUCCCUGGUGAAUACAUCCCCACUGUCUUUGACAACUACUCUGCCAAUGUGAUGGUGGAUGGGAAACCAGUGAAUCUGGGUCUCUGGGAUACAGCGGGACAAGAGGACUACGAUAGGCUCAGACCACUGUCUUACCCACAGACGGAUGUGUUCUUGAUAUGCUUCUCCCUGGUCAGUCCGGCCUCCUUUGAGAACGUCCGAGCUAAGUGGUACCCUGAGGUGAGACACCACUGCCCCAACACGCCCAUCAUCCUUGUGGGCACCAAGCUGGACCUGCGAGAUGACAAGGACACCAUUGAGAGGCUGCGAGACAAGAAGCUCUCCCCCAUCACCUACCCACAGGGCCUGGCCAUGGCCAGAGAGAUUGGGGCCGUGAAGUACCUGGAGUGCUCUGCGCUGACCCAGCGAGGCCUGAAGACGGUAUUCGACGAGGCCAUUCGAGCUGUGCUCUGCCCUCCGCCUGUGAAGAAGAGGGGGAAGAGGUGCACCAUGUUCUGAGGAGGAAACGUUGCUUCAACACCACACUACAUCACCAUGUACAACAGCCACUACUUCUCUGAGAGGAGGAGAGAGAAACUAGCAAGAGUGAGUGUGCACUGCUGAGAUUGCUUUCUUUAUAUUGAUGUUUUUUCAAAGCAACAUUGGUAUAUUUAAUCCAAUUUUUUUACCAUAACUGAAUAGGCUCAUAGCUUCUCUGUGAAAGACAUUGAGUGUCCACCUACUUUGUACUCAUAGAACCACAACAAGUUGCCAUAGGGGCUGACAAAGGUCUCUAUUUACUGCAUUCUGCUACAUCUCAUCUUAUUAAGGCAGUGUUGACCAGAUGGAAAGAAUUCGCCUUCAGGUCUGAAGUUACCCUCUGCCCCUGAUCUAAGAUCAGCAUGCGUUCUACUUGCAUGGUGACACACAUUUGUUUAAGAUAUUAUUAAUACACUGCCUGCAUUCCCUAAACUCACAAAGAGCAGAAUGUCUCAAAUGUUAAGUAAUGUGGGGUUUUCACCAGAAAUAAAAAUAAAAAAAAGUGAAAGAGACAUUAAGAUUUAUUAGAACCUAUUUUUGUAGUUUUGAACCCUCAAUUCCAUCCAGUAAUAAGAUAAACUAAAGAGAUUUCAUUAACCCAAUGAAUAAAGAAACACAAGAACUGCUCUAAGACAAUUGCACGGCUGUACUUCAUCUUGAAGGCCUCUUCUUCUACCUGCUUCCUAUUUUCCAAUGUUUUUUGUGUAUAAUUGACUAAUGGGGACACUGAUUCAGCCAUCAUGAUGGAGACUCAGCGUCAAUACGCGUCCACUGAAAGUGCUUCUUGUUGCCUCUGACCAGCUCAGAUUGUUUUAGGAAGGAACUUUACAGAAAGGAAUGAGAGGAGGACUAACAAGGAUCUUUGAUUAUGCAGCCCUCAAGUGAAGUCUUGUGGGUUGGCUUGAUGUUGAGCGAUAGCGGUGAAAACGUUAGAGUUGGACAGAGGCGUCACAGGAAGAGUUUGUUGUGUUUAGAGGACAGAAAGUGUGAAAUGUCAUGGCUGAAAAUGAUUUGGACAGCGUGGGGGAGGUCUUUGAACUCGAUGGCCGCCCGUAUUAAUUUGAGCCGGAGUACACAGAUGCUACGAGUCUAUCCACCACAGAAGAAGAACCCCAUAUUUAGUGUGGUGCUCGGUUGGACACACAAACACACAAGGUGGGAGAUAAAGAAACGGGUUCUAUUGCUCUGCAGGGUUCUUACAUAAUACAACAAUCUGAGCCUGUCAGGGGUAAAAAGCAUUGAUUGGCGGAGCGGUUGCCCUUAGUGAUUACGUUGCAGGCUCUUUAGCGUCAGAAAUGGUUGUUCCCAUUGGACACUCGAUCACAAAUAAAUGGAAAGAUACGGUCCGAGUGGGGAAAAAAGGCAGCAUCAUUAUUUUAUUAUUAUUAUCAUUAUUACAUGUAUCAAAUAGGUGUAUUUAAUGAAAUUGCUGGAUCGGGGUAAUGUUCUAGUUUGGCACUCCAAGGAACAAAGCAGUGCUCGGCUUUGGACAUUUCAGCACUGAAAAAAAGCAUUAAGUAAUUUCUGCUGAUAGGAAUGAUGGACAGAACUAUGAUGUGUUCCUCUGAAAGGAUUGUAAGAAAGUAAGAGUGGUGACCUUUGACCCCAGAGUGUCAGAAUCCAUCUCUUUCUUUGGACUUUUCAUCAUUUAGGCCUCCACAAGUUCGACCCACUCUUGACCUUUUGUUGAAUAGUAGCUAGACAAACAGAACACAAACAAAUCAGUUAUCAGGUCUACUCACUUCGUGAAGCCAAUGAAAAUAGAGAAAUAAGAUGAUUUGCUGUGUCACCCGAUCUUUGCAAUCUUUUGAUGGUGGAAAGAAUGAUCCCAGUCAUGUUACUUACUUGCUGAACAAACAUCUGAUCUUAGUCCAGCGUCUUUGGGUAACUUCAACUAACUGUGAACACGUGACAGACGAGCAUGCCAAACAUGGGGGCUGUACACCCUUGCUGCCUCAGUUCUGCCUCUGGGGCUGUAGGAGCUUGCAUGGGUCUUAAAAUAUUCUGUCUUAAUUUAACUCAUUUUUCAGAAUCUUGUCUCUGUUCCUGUGUGCAUGUGCGUGUGCGUGUGUGUGGGUCGGUGUGUGUGCGCGAGCAUGUGUAUCAGUGAGACUGCUUUGUUUCACGAUUUGGGGGCAGUGCAUAAAAGACAGUAUUGUUUUGAGCGAGGUUUUUUAGUGUCCAGUUUUUUGGUACUAUUUCAUAUUGUAUUGUAGUAAUACACAAGACUUUUCAACAAUCUGUGGACAUGAAGAAACAAAAAAAAGGAUAUUAUUAACAUCUAGUGAUGUACAGAAUAAUCCUUAGAAAAGGAAUGCGUUAUGAAUAUCUACAUGUACCUUAAUAUUUAGCUCUUAAACUAAAACAAUUCAAACUAAAGGGAUUAUAGUCGCUUGUGUUGAAGUUAGAAGUGUUGCUAACAGUGUACAAUAAAGGGGCUGAUCUUCUUUAUGAAACGCAUUUGUGUGUGGUACCAGGCCGCAGUGUGUCUGUCUCUCUCGUGUGGUGAGACGCAGCACUGCGGCCCACUCCGUCACGCUGUCUUUGGUUGGCAUAGCAUACUGUGGUUGAAUCAUGUUGUGUGGUCCUGCCUAGCUAAGAUGUUGAACUGUCGAUGAGAAAAAACGCAGCGAAACACUGUAAUCUACUAUUGCAUGGAAGUUCUCUGGUUAUUUGACCCACUGUAAUUCUUAGGAGAGGUUGUAUAAUGAAAUGCAUUGGCCAUGUACGUAUGUAAUGUAAGAUGACCUGUAUACUUGUUCCAACUGUUUGUCUUAUUUUUUAUUACUUCACAUGUCUGUGUGGUGAAAUAUUUCAAUUUUUUGUAUACUAAAUACAAAUGUAUAUGUAAGGAA